CUCCAUCUAAAGUCAUACGUGCUCCAUCAAUUGCUGAGAAUUCGCCAUCGUCUUCGUUAAGAACGACGUGCGUCUGCGCAGCUAUGAGACGAUCAACAAGCAGCAGCGACAGCUCGAUACGAGAGGAGUCCGGGAUGAGCGAAUCUAACAUUAGCGAAAAGCGAGAAGUUGGCGACGAAGAGAGGGUAAUAGGUCUUGAGGGAACCAACCGUCCAGCGAAAGAGGAGGAUAUUGUGCCGUUUGGGAGAGCACAAAGCCGUGGGCGGCGGUCGCAGGACAGGCGAAGUUUGGUGAGGUUUGAGUCGCAUCAUUCAAGAGCAGGCGCGGAUGGCUACACAUGGCACCACGACGGAGAUAAGAGCAGCCAACGACCAAACAGAGCCAAGGCUGGUGUUGUAACUCCAGACCCAUACUUGGUGUCAUUCGACGGCGAUGCAGACCCUGAGAAUCCACGGAGCAUGUCCAGUCUACGACGUUGGGCUAUCGUAUUGAUCUGUGCAGCUAGUUCGCUCUGUGUGACCUGCACAUCGUCCCUAUACACGUCGACAUAUAGCCAGAUCGAACCCGAGUUCAGAUCUUCUCGGCUCGUAUGCACGCUUGGCCUCUCGCUCUUCGUCGCAGGUCUGGGUGCAGGACCGAUGGUUCUAAGUCCCCUUUCUGAGUUCUUCGGCCGACGACCGAUCUACAUUGGCUCAUUUACGUUCUUCCUGAUCUGGCUGAUCCCCUGUGCUGUUGCCCGAAACAUCCAAACCAUGCUGAUUGCAAGAUUCCUCGACGGCCUGGCAGGCUCAGCUUUCCUCAGUGUAGCGGGUGGCACCGUAGGAGACAUGUUCGCAAAACACGAACUAUCCGCACCCAUGAUGGUGUAUACGGCAUCACCAUUUAUCGGACCAGAAAUAGGGCCACUCAUUGGUGGCUUCAUUGUUGAGAACACCUCGUGGCGAUGGUGCUUCUAUGUACUCAUCAUAUGGUCCGGACUCCAGCUUUUCCUGAUCGUGUUGUUCGUGCCUGAAACGUACCACCCCGUUUUGCUUCGCCGCAAAGCGAUUCGUCUGCGAAAGGAGACUGGCAACCAAGAGUGGAUCGCGCCUAUCGAGAAACUCGACCGAUCAAUUGCUAAGACGGUGCUGUGGUCAUGCAUCCGCCCGUUUCAACUCCUCUUCUUUGAGCCAAUGUGCCUCAGCCUGUGCAUACUCUCUGCGAUUUUACUUGGAAUUCUGUACCUUUUCUUCGGUGCAUUCCCAUUGGUCUUCCGCACCAACCACGGUUUCAGCUUGUCCCAAGUUGGUCUUGCAUUCUUGGGCCUGUUCGUGGGCAUGCUUACAGGUAUCUCUACCGAUCCAAUCUGGAGACGAGUCUACGGCAGGCUCGUGCGGCAGCAUGAGGCGCAAGGGGGCGAGCCUGGUGGUUCAGAACCAGAGUUUCGGCUCCCAUCGACAAUACUUGGCGCCUGGGUCGUCCCAAUUGCACUUUUUGGGUUUGGAUGGACCACGUACUCCUCGGUGCACUGGAUAGUCCCAAUCAUUUUCUCUGGUAUCUUUGGUGUUGGUGUCAUCUGGGUAUACUCAGGAGUGUUCACCUUCCUCGUCGAAGCAUACCCUGUAUACGCUGCAAGUGCCCUAGCCGCGAACUCAUUUGCAAGGUCGUACUUUGCAGCGGCCUUCCCUCUGUUUGGUGUCCAGAUGUACAACAAUCUUGGAUACCAGUGGGCGACAUCCUUGCUCGCAUUCCUUGCCCUUGCUAUGGCCCCAUUUCCCAUCCUCUUCUUUCGAUUCGGCAAGCGGCUCAGGGGCAACAGUAAGUUUGCAUCAGCAUAGACGGGCCGCCGUGUCGACGCGAGGUGUGGCAGAAUGCAGUAGAAGCGCC